AUGGAGGAUUAUUUAAGGGACAGCCCCAUUGGAGAUCCGCAUAAAAUGAACCACAGAGAGAAAGGAAGACCCAUUGACCCCGAUGUGGGCUACCAGGAGUUUGAUUACCUCCACAAUUCCAAUCCAAACCCAGUUUUCGACUUGAAUGUGCAAGACACGGGCAGGGAAGCCAACGCCAUAUCCGCAAAUGACCCUUACUAUGAGACAUUCGACUUUUUAGCGUCGCCCAAUCAUAAUAAUGUAUCUCCGGUGGGUGGCAUGGAUCCUGUUGGUGGCAUUGACUUCACCAGAAACGAUGUCACUGGAUCUGACCAAUUUGGUUUUGGAGUAUCUAGUCACGAUCCGCUUACCGCCUUGGAUCUGAUCAUAUCACCGCAGCCAGAAACUGACAAUAACAUGUUCGGCUCUGCUCAGUACUUCUCGCCAAACACACGUUCCAAUCAGUUCUCUCUGCUUAACCCAAUAGAUGAGAACGCAUUCAGCAACUCGUAUCAUGGCAGCGCCUUCAGCCCAGACAUACAGCCGCAGGGCGGUAUUAGCAUUCCUGCUCCGCUGAACAUGGAUCUGUAUCUCUCGCCCAAUGCCUUUGUAUCGCCACAAUUUAACGCUUAUGAUGGCUCUUAUGAUACCCUAGCCUCGCCAUACUCCAAUUCGUACCUCAAUUCGCCACCACCAAUGAACCUCACACAAAGCGCGUCUAUUCCGAAUCCCGCCAGUUUCACACUGGCCCUGUUGUCUCGUGCGCUUUCUCCCCCUCCUCCCCAACAAGGUCUCGGAGUCUCUGCUCCGACGGGGCCCAGUGCACAAUCACGAAAAACCAUGGAUUUGACUAGUUCGAGUCAGAACCUCACACAAGAAGAGAAAGCUAAACGAAGAAGAGAGUUCCACAAUGCUGUCGAGAGACGCCGCAGAGACCUCAUCAAGGAAAAAAUCAAAAUCUUGGGAGUCUUGGUGCCGCCUUCCCUCCUCACACCACAGGUUUGCGCCACGCAAAUAUUGCAGAAGCUGUCGCAACCUUUGUCAAAGGAGCUCAAGGAAUUGAUAGAGGCAACCAAGGUUAAAGAGAUAAAGCCUAACAAGGCAUCAAUUCUUCUGACCUCCGUUGAUUACAUACGACACCUCCACUAUGUGAUAGAGAAACAACGCGCUAGAAGAGAGGAAAUAGAAGCUACGAUAGCGUCCUAUGAGAAUGGUUCUGAGAGAUAUGACUUCAAUGCAGAUGCGCUACCCACUUCAAGUGCGUCGCUUCACCAAAGCCUUGGAGAAUUCAAUCCAGACGAAUUUUUUUCAGAUGUGCUCGCAGAUCCCACCAAAUAG